AAUUUGUAGUUUCUCUAGAGGGCGUUGUAGGACAACUUGUUGUGGCAAGACGAUGAAAACAAAGCGGUGGCAGUUACACUGGCUAGGAGGAGGCUGCCUGCCCGCUGUGCCUGUGUGACGUCUCAGCAACUGUCAACUCACCCUUCCUGCCGCAGUUGUCACUUUUUAAAAUCUUGCUACAGUGUUUGUAGGCACAGGUAUCUAUUUGCGUUUUCCUUUUAUUUUGAAAGACUGUGGUCUGUUACGGAGAUCGAUAUUGAUUCCGCGUUUGUCCGCUGUUGUCCCAGGCCGUAUUUGGCUGAUGGUGAAACUCCCUUGCUCUACUAGUUGUUACGUCUUCUCUUUUUUUGGUGUGUCUGGCUAGCUUCUCGUCGCUAUCUGUCUGAUGUUAUCGAAGGCUGACGUUUGACAGAUCUCCCCUCAUGUCCUCAGCGACGAAUUCUGACCGUACACUCAACCAAGCGGAGAUGUCGUCGCGGAGGAGCACGAGGUCGGUGGCGAAGGACCUGCCUGACGACGAUGCUGCCAGCACCAGCUCCACUGGCUCCACCGGACAGGUCUCCUACAGAGAGACACCCGUCAGGAUCUUCAAGAGGAAGACGGGGGGCCGUAAGACUUCGUCUCGGGCGUCCAGCCGUGCGGGCAGCGUGAAUGGUGACUCCCCAGAGGUGCUGACCAGCGAGCCCCUCCACAAGGACAGAUACCCCAGCGUGUCUGCUUCAGUUCUAACUGCCUCGUCAGUGUUGCGCUCCCCCAUGGUGAGGUCUAGCACCACCACCAGCCUCAGCAGCAGCCAGCACUACUCCAGGCAGGAGGCUCCAGGCUUCUCCUCCGGCUACUCCUCCUCAGAGGAGGCCUACUACCGGCCCACCACCACCACCAGCAUCAGCCCUGCCACCAGUUCCUUGCAGUCUCCGGCAGAGCCGGAGUUUGAUUUGAAAGAUGCUCUCAGAUCUCCCGACACACAUAGUAACUCCCAGACCAUCUUCUCCAGAUGUGCCCAGGCGCUGGUGAUGGUCUACUGGUGGCUUGGUGCGGCCUGGUACAGUCUCACUUCCGGCAUCACAUACCUGGACGUCUUUCUGCUCAGCAGGCGAACGGCGAGCGUGAGGAAGGCCAUCCUCCUCUUCCUCCUCUUCCUCCUCCUGGCAUUCGGCCUCUGGUACUCCUACCCUCUUCUCUCUCGCAGUUUGUCUCGAGCGCCUGUGAAGAGUACUCCAGUCCAACCAAAGCCUUCCCAGCCCAUAGUUCAUCAGGGGGUUCCGGCGGCCAGCCUGACGGCUCUGAAGGAGGAGAUCUACCGGCACAUGCGGGAACACGAGGCCCGGCUCACGGAGCACACGGCCCGGGGCCUGGACACCAUGAAGCAAGAGAUCGUUCUUCUGAAAGAAGAUGAACAGAAACGGAAGCAAGCGACCGAGGUGCUUCAGAGCGACAUUCAGAUUCUUCACGAUGAGAGGGAGAAGAUGACCAGUGCCCAGGCGGAGCAGCAGAGCUUGCUGGACCAUGAGAUAGCGGGGGUGCAGCAGCAGCUCUCCCAGCUGAGGAGCGAGCUGUCCGGCCUGCGCACCGCCUCAGACUCCCUGCAGAGCAGGAUCGCCUCCCAGGAAGCCGCCCAAGCUCAGGCUGCUCUUCAGCUGAGGGAGGACCUGGCCUCCUGGCUGCUGGAGAAGCUCUCCUCCCAUCAGCAGCAGCAGCAGCAGCAGCCUCCUCCUCUGGCCCCCGCUGCUCUGCCUCCUCCUGCUCCUGCUCCGGCCCCUCUGCCUGAAGACGUAGUGCUGGAGCCGCGCCUGCAGGGGGCACUAGAGGCCUUGGAGCAGCGUCUGCUGAGCAGGCUGGCGGAGGAGAGGCAGAGGGAGACGCCCGGAGACGCCUGGAGGACGGUGGGGGAGACGCUGCAGAGGGAGGGGGUGGGGGCCGCCACUGUUCAGGACGUGGAACAAAUAGUACACAGGGCCCUGAGUCUGUACAGGGCUGACGGGAUCGGCAUGGCUGACUACGCACUGGAGUCCUCAGGUGCGAGUGUGAUCAACACGCGCUGCUCUGAGACCUACAGGACUAGGUCGGCAUGUCUGAGUCUCUUUGGAUUCCCACUCUGGUACCACUCAGAGAGCCCUCGCACUGUCAUUCAGCCUGAGCUGUACCCCGGUAAGUGCUGGGCGUUCCGCGGUGCGGAGGGCUUCCUGGUCAUCGCGCUGUCCUACCCCACGCGCAUCACCCACGUCACCCUGGAGCACGUCCCCCGUGUCCUCUCGCCCACCGGACACAUCGACAGCGCACCGCGCAAAUUUGCUGUCUACGGUAUGGCUAACGAGCACGAGGAAGGCGCCCCACUAGGAACCUUCACUUAUGACCAGAGUGGAGAACCCAUACAGACAUUCAGGCUCCCGGCCCAGGUUCAGGAGGCGUAUCGCAUGGUGGAGCUGCGUAUCCUGAGUAACUGGGGCCACCCGGAGUACACCUGUGUCUACCGCUUCAGGGUGCACGGCGACGCGCAGGUGGCCUGAAGACCCACCAGGAGAGGAGACACACCAAGAGACACACCAGAUGGACAGAGGAUCAUGUGGUGGGACUGAGGGAUGCUCUCUCUCUCUCUCUCUCUCUCUCUCUCUCUCUCUCUCUCUCUCUCUCUCUCUCUCUCUCUCUCUCUGUCCCUCCCUCUCUCCAUCGAUCUCCCUCUCUCCUUUUGAGGAGAUGACUGGAGGACAGAUGAUGUGUUGGGACUGAGGGUGCUGGGAAGAGAGCAAGGUUAGCAAGACCUCUCUCUCUCCCUCUCUCUUUCUCUCUCUCUCUCUCUCUCUCUCUCUCUCUCUUUCUCUCUCUCUCUCUCUCUCUCAGUCUUUUCCCCGUGUUUCUUAAUAUCCACCCAUCCUCUGAAGAGAGCAAACUGGAGCACAGAUGACAUGGUUUAGGAGUUCAGGAUGCCGGGAAGGAGAGAUCAGCAAGACCUCUCUCUUUCUCUUUCUCUUCCUCUGUUUACUCUGACUCGCUCCAUCUCUGCCGGUGUCUCUCGCUAUGCACUCAUCUUCUCAUUGAGUCAGCACAUGGUCGAGCUAGGGGCUGUGAGCAUAGACAUACCCUAGACAUGUACAUGUCUCUGCCAUGUAUAUACAGUAUGUCUACGUAUAUGUCUGACGACUGCUCAUCACGAGUGAUCACACAAAGCUGCCUCAUUCAGUGUUUACACGUACACACACUCACACACACACACACACACACACACACACACACACACACACACACACACACACACACACACACACACUCAUACACUCACACAUGAAAAUACACACACACACACACACACACACACACACACACACACACACACACACACACACACGCUUACACUUAACUUAACACAGUAUGGGAGAGUACCUGAUUGCUAAUGUGUAUUUUAAUGUUAUUCUAACUGGAUAGCGUGACCAGUACUUUUUCAAAAGAGAGUGACUUCAAUUUCAGAAUCACAUAGGGUUAUUUUGAGCAGAGGCGAGAAUUGUCGCAAUCAAACACCCCAUAUUCUUAUUUAUGGUGUUAAAAAACAUUUUGAUUUCAGUUCCUGUGCUACUUUUGACAGACUCUGACGUACGUUUUGUUUACUGACUGACAGGCAGCGACCACGGCAAGGUGUUAGUGUGCCACGCCAUGGCAGUCAACAUCUGUGGUCGUACCUGUUGUUUUCAGCUAAUGUGUGCCACUGCAAGCAGCAACGACUUAGCACUGACUUUGUGGAAAAAAUCUAAUGCUGUAUUUUAAUAAACUUUUAAAUUUUUCGCACACCUCAGCUGGUAGGUGCGUCGGAGAUGGCCCAUGGGUCACUCAGCAGACAACUUGAAGAAAUUGCCUGAUGAAGGUCUAAUACAGAAACAUCAUUCUUUAAAGAAAAACAGCGAAAUGGUCAGUGUGCGGGAGUUUCUUCAAGUUGUCUGGUAUUUAAAAAAACAAAGCAAUGCCCAAGUGAAAUGUAUUGCAUGAUGAGUAUGUACGCAAUUUGGCAAAUCAUUUUGAAAGGCUUUGAAUAACCACAAAAUAAGAAGUGAAAAAAGGCUUUUGUCCAUUUAACUUUCAGUGUGUACUCUAGCCCAUACUGUGUUCCUGUGUGUGUGUCUGUUUGUCUGUGUGUGUCUAUGUGCUAGAUACAAUAUUUCAGUGUCAGGUCCCAGUCAGAUUAUGUACAUUUGUUGGAUACUUUGCACUAUUUAAGUCACUUUUUAAUUGCUUUAUUGGCAGACGCAUAUUAGGAAUGUUACCCUUCGCUAUUUAUUUUUUAAAAUCUUUUUGAUUAAGCCACUGGAUCUGCUAGUUUUUUUCAUCCUCCUGCUUGUUAUGACGUCAUGGUUUGUUAUGAAUAUGAAUGCACUGCCACAGCUUUCGGCUAGUGACACAUGCCUCGCAAAACGCGUAGUAGGCAAUGUUACUACACUGAAGUUAAGCACUCUCUCUAAAAUAUUGCAAACAAACAUGGCUAAAAUAUAUAUGGGUACAAACAUUUCUUAAAUACAGAGAUGCAUGCAGCACAGUUUAUUGGCCUGGCAUGCUCAAGUCAAUGUUGGUGAUUUUUGGUUUUAUUUAUUUUGUUUGCCGCUAUUUGGCUGAUCAAGGUUGAAUGUACCAUAUCUGCUUUAGCAAUGACUGUAUGUGACUCAUUUUGUUUCACAUGCUGAAAGAAGAGUGGUAAGAGAUGAACCUGGUGUUCUUAACCCCGUGGCAGUUGUAACCAUGCCAACAGAAGGGCAUCAGGGCUUUAUUUUCUUAAUUAAACACAUGCCAAUUUGCCCUUAUGCGAUUGGUUAAUACAUCUGCCUUGACAAAACCGGGUUUGUAAAGGUUGCCAUCUUUGCAGUAUAUCACUCUUACGUCACAUGUCAUUUUAUAUUAAUUUCUUGGUUACCAUCUCUUCUGCAUUGAUCAGUAGGCUACCCUGAUUUUACUUUACAAAUGAGCAUAUGAAUGCAAACCAUACGGACAUAAUAAUACCUGGUACUUCAAGCCAUUUGCUAAGGCCUGUUGGGUUUUGUUUAUAACCUUUAAUCCAUUUUGUAGUCCUCUGUUUCCAAAUUGAUACUUGAAAAAAAGCACCGGAGGAGGUCUUGGUGUUUGGGUCAUUGAGGAUUUAAGUAGGCGGGGUUGUGCGCCCACAGCUAAUGCCACUAUUGUAUGGAUUAAAAUUAUUAUUAUUUCUGGAUUAUAUAAAUUCGUUCCAUGUAAAUGAAACACGUUGUACAAUUCAUUAACAUAGCAGCUUCAUACAAUGGUGACAUAAACUGUGGUUGCACCAACCGGACAUUGCUUCUCAAAACAUCCAUGACCUGUUAGUCAAGAAGACAGUCGAAGAUAUUUUUGUAGGACCGAAUCUUUUUGUGACGGACUUCUAUCCAUCAGGGCUACCACAAUUUUUUUGUAAUUUGUAUAAAAUAAACAAGAAAAAAGGAAAAAAAACGUUUGUAAUAGCAUCAAGUUGCAAUGCUAAAUGGGUCACAUGAAGGUUUUGUAUAUUUAGUUUUUUGUUGUGUAAAUAUUGGUCGCUGUCAAUCGUAAUAAGAGUAUUACUUCCAGUGUGUGUGAUUUCAUAAUCAUAAAUUGGUCCUUGCUCAGCUAAUUGACAACCAACAAGCUCUGCAAAUGUAAUGCAUUGGCAUACGUAUUACGUACAUUGUACAGAUAUAUUAUGCGUAAGCUGCAAUGACAAUAAUCCACUGACACCAGUGUCAUGUUUUUUUGCCGGCUUUUGUAAAGAGAAGGCUGUGUUUUCUUUAUUUAUUGGUCUUUUUUUCAGAACAUGCACUGAAGGUGAUGGCAACUUCCCAAGCAACAGCACUUAAAAGAACAGUCCACCCCUUUUUGAUUCUCACAUAUUUGCAGUAUUUCAAAGCAUUAUUCGUGAACGUGCAUGUCAUUUUCUUCUCAGUGUUUUCAGUACUUUAUUGGCAUAGCCUAGCCCAGUGGUUCUCAAACUUUUUCCAUCAUUCCCCCCUUCAGAGGGCUUGAAUGCUUCCGAACCCCCCCCCCCCCCCCCCAUGUUUUUGCGAUCGCUGCGCAGAGUCAAAGGAAAGGUGACUGGUCAGAUUAAACAAAGGGGGACUGCUGUUGUUGGUGAGGUGAAUGGUGAAUGUUGGUGAGGGCUUUAAACUUAUUGACUUAUUGGCGAGACAGGAAAUCAUUUCCUUGGGGAAAAAAAAAACCAAAAUCAGAUGUCACACGCCCCCCCUGAGAUGCCUCCGCGCCCCCCCAGGGGGGCUUACGCCCCACUUUGAGAAACACUGGCUUAGCCUAAUCACUGGAAGUAAAUGGGAACAUUAACAUCAAGCCACAAAGUGAUCACAGGACAGAAUUAAAUAGCUUUGGAGUGUUCUACUUUAAUUUUAAAGUAGUUUAUAAGUACAUUUGAGAAUGUUUUGUUUGUUCCCACAUACUUAGAUUGCUACGCUUAAUUUGGCUGUACUGUUAAACUAGGCAAUGAAAACACAUAGACAAAAAUUAUAUGCAUAUGUAAGUCUUGGAAAUACUGCAAAUAUGUGAAAAUUAAAAUAAAUGGUGGACUGUGCCUUUAAGGAUGCUGAUGGGUCCCUUUCUCACUUGUGUUUGGCAACAUGUUGUGACAUGUUGUUGUCCUCAUCAUCAUUAUCAUGUGACUUGCGAACAUCCUCUCAUAACAUUAAGGAACCUUUCAUUUUGUUGCCUGGCAACGUUGAUCAAGACGUUGCAACAUCACCUUCAAACCAGUGAGCAUGGGAACAUCUUUUGUUUGUGUAUAAUAGCCAUGCCGAGGAUAGGUACAUCUAAACACGUAAUUUGGAAAAUAGAGCUAAAUUAGAGAACACUGAACUUGCGCAGUUUGACAUGGCAUGAAAUAGUUGUGCUGAACAGAUUAGAAGACGUUUUACCUCUGCUUUGCUUAUUUAUAAAGUAUGUGGUGGUACUGAACAUGGAAUUGGCAGUAUGUCAAAUGUUGUAUAAACAUAUACUCGCAUGCAUGAAACUCACACGCAUUAGGCCUCAAAUAUUGGUCCGAUUACAUCAAUUGAUUGAAAAUCAUGACAACUCAUUCCGCAGGAUUAAAAUAAAAUAUUUCCAAGAAAGCAUGUAAAAUGAAAUUAAAGAGGCUAUUCACAUAAAGGACUUCAAUCAAAGUUAUCAAUUUAGAAUAUAUUAAUUCAGUGGUGGAUGAAUAUAAUAUUUCGUUUUAAGUUUAAGGUUUUUUUUUUGCCUUUUCUGUCUAUGAUCAUUGUUGCUCAUUGUGUGCUCAUUUCACUGUCUCAAAUAAAACUCACCUACACAAUAAAAGUAGCCUUCUCAUUUAACAAACAGUACAGACAUUACAUUAAUCUCAGACUGAUGGAAGAGAGUGAUUCUUCAAGGGUGUUAAAAUAUAGUACGAUGUUACCUCAUUGUGGAAGUAUUGUGCACUCUGUCACAGUGAGUAGUUAAUGAUUAACCCUAUUAAAGAACAUCUCGGAUAUUUUUAAGACAAGUUGUAUUAUUAUAUUUUGUUUGGCUUCCUCUGUUGUUUUCAUUUUGUUUUUGCUUGUAAGAGAAAUAUUUUGAUGCGUUGGGUAUCUUUCCCUUGCUGGUUGGGGGAUUGUUAUGACAGGGUUAUGGCCAAAGUGCUUCUUGUAUCUUCAAUAAAGACACAAAGAAAGGUCAUUUUUUUCACUGUUAGUGUCUUGACCAUCAGAAAAAAAAAUGUUUUUUGCUUUAUUUUUUUCAAAUGCACAUGGAUUAAUCAUAGCUGGAUAUGUGUAAUGAAAAAUAUUGCUUAAAAUAAA